GCACUUUCUGCUAGAAUGUCCCACGAAAUGUCCCUCCACAUGGCGCGGCCAACUUCACGCGCAUCUGUGCUGUCGCCGCGAUCUGCGUGGUGUGCAAAAAGAGAAACUCGCGGAGCGUGGAAAAAGUACGAAUUUGGCGAGCAAGUGCGCUAUGAGCAGGGAUUAGUGGUUGUGUGGCGAGGACAUUGGACUGUGAAGAUGUUGAAGAAGCUCAAGCAGCAUCAUAUCCUACAAGAUGCACAGCUGCAGCGGCUGCAGAGUCACAAGUAUUCCUGCCAGUCGAGCAGCCUACUGGAUCCCAUCCUGCAGCCAUGGUGGAACUUUCUGGUCAGGAGGAUCCCCAUGUCGCUGGCGCCCAACCUCAUCACCAUCGUGGGCCUCGCGGUGAACAUCGCGACGGCGCUGGUGCUGAUUCUCUACAGUCCAGACGCCAAGGGCGACCCGCCGGCGUGGGCGUGCUUCCUCUGCGCCGCGGGACUGUUCGCCUACCAGAGUCUGGACGCCAUCGACGGAAAACAAGCGCGUCGCACGAACUCCUCGAGUCCACUCGGGGAGCUGUUCGAUCACGGCUGCGAUUCCAUCUCCACCGUGUUCGUGGCGCUGUCCGCGUGCAUCUCCGUCCAGAUCGGGCACCAUCCCUACUGGAUGUUCUUCCAGUGCUUCUGUGCAAUGACACUCUUCUACUGCGCCCACUGGCAGUGCUACGUCUCGGGGACGCUGCGUUUCGGCAAGAUCGACGUUACGGAGGCGCAGGUCAUCAUCAUGGGCAUUCAUGUGAUAUCAGGCAUCUUCGGGGCGUCCGUGUGGAAGACGAAGAUUGCAGGAAUUGAACUCUGGUAUUUUGUGGCAUUCUCCACGAUAAUCCUCGGCUCGAUGUCUCUGGUGCAGAUCUUUUCGGUGAUUCUGGCCGGCGGCGUGGGCAAGAAUGGCUCAACUGUGGCUGGCACUAGUGUUCUCUCACCGAUCAUCCCCUUUUCCAUGAUUCUCGUGCCGGCGUUCAUCAUCUCGCAGAAGUCCACCGAGGACGUGUUUGAGACGUAUCCGUCGCUGUACAUCAUCACGUUUGGCAUGGUGGCGGCCAAGGUGACAAACCGCCUCGUGGUGGCGCACAUGACAAAGAGCGAGCUGGAGUAUCUGGACAAGGGACUCAUCGGGCCACUCAUGCUCUUCCUCAAUCAAUACUUCAACAACUUCCUGCCAGAGCGCCUGGUGCUGUUCGGCGCCACGGCGUGGUGCACCUUCGACCUCUUCAAGUAUUGCUCGGAAGUUUGCCUAGAAAUUUGCGACCACCUGAAAAUCUACUUGUUUAAGAUAGCCCACAGCGGUUCUGGGGGUGGCUCGGGACCGAAGGAGGAGCACAACAAUGGUGCGAAUCACGUGCACAGCGCAACGCAGCCACAUCGAAAGCAGAACCGCACGAACAGGCGGAACAUCAACUGAAAGUCAUCAUCAUCCCUGAUAGAAGAGCAACCCUUUUACCAAUUAGUUGAGCGCCUGGACGCUAGACAGUCCUCACCUCUGAUAAUUUGUGGAUAUACAUAAUGAGAUAUAAAUGGUAAAAGAAAGAACA